CUCUUGUCGACAUCCAUGCAUCAGAUGCAUCAAGCUCUGUUCGUUUGUGAAAUUCUUCUGAACAUAUUCACGCAUGUUGAUCAAUUUCCCCCAUCAUCAUAUCACCCAAAGUCAUCGGCUUGGAAAUCUCUCGCAGCGCUUGCAAGGACAUGCAAACGCUUUCACGAGCCCGCAAUGGAUUUACUUUGGGCUGACAUGCAUAGGAUAGAACCACUGCUAGGAUGCGUGACGAGGCUGUAUCCAGUCAUAUAUCGGAACUCCAAAAUGUACCUCUGGUCCUCUCAAGACAUUGAACCUUUAUCUGAGCAUGAGGCCCGUCAAUUUUUGCGUCACGCUUCCCGUGUGCGCUCAUUGCGUGUAGAAAACAGCAAGCAUUUUCACCUUUUCACAAAUCUUCCCACCGAUAAAUGCGUCUUCCCGAGUCUGUUUUCAUUAUCCUUUAUCGUCGAUCAUCCUUACGCUAGAUACUUACAUCUCUUUCUAUCCCCUACGCUGCGCCGGUGCAACCUAUCGGCCAUUCAUCCCGAUUUCACAUACAUCGCGACCCGUUUUGCUGCUUUGGAGCACUUGUCCAUCGAGCCCUUUGAUGACGGCGUGGCGGAUGACCUGCCCCUGCUGUUAAACAGUGUCCGUUUGUGCAAGCAGCUUGCAACUUUGUUUUGCCCACCUCUCGAUUGGGCAGCAUGGAAGCACAUUUCCAACCUCCCCACCCUCCUCACAGUGAAAAUUAGCGAGCCGCGCAGGGCUUCUCACUGGCCUUUGAGUCGGAGCACCCACGACUCCGCAUCUUUCUGCAACCUCACAGGUCUUUUUUUCUAUGUAAACACGGCUGCGUACACUAUCGCAGCCAUUCGACACUCAGAAUUCCCCUCGCUGCAAGAGUUUGUAAUGAAAGUCAGCGUUUUGCCUUUGGCAGAGGCGGAACAACUUUGUCGCGCACUGUCCCAGUGCAAGGCAAAUCAGAGCCUCAAACGCAUUGAUAUAAUCUCCCAUGGUCUAACGUCUGGGGAGCCCUCGAGCACAGUGAUCACUCAAUUCUUUUGUUUCACCCAGCUCCGAACCCUGCAGCUCGACUUUUUUCAUUGCUGCUUCAACCUUGAUAAUGACCUUCUUUUGGAAGCCAUGGAAAGUUGGCCACACAUCCGCUCGUUGGAAUUAGUGGACCUGGACACGGUACCCACCGUCACAUUUCGCGGACUAUUCACAGCGCUCCCUCAAUGUCCCAACUUGCUUAGCUUGGACAUGUCAGUGGACGCCGUGAGAAUCGAUAUCGAUCCUACAGCCGAGUCAUUUCAACAUACCACCCUAGAAUCAUUGAACUUGACCCGGUCUCCUGUAGCAGAUGCUGAGGCUGUUGCUCGCAUCCUCUUCUCCAUGCUCCCUCGUAUUGAACAAGUCUGCGACCAGCGAGACCCAUUCGAGACAUGGGACAUCGGGGGUCAAUUUGAGGAGCAGUGGGACGAGGUCAACAAGCACCUCGAUCUUUUAAAUGGCCGCGAGCCACAAAGCCCCGAGUUUGGGACAUAUUGAUGUUUGUGAAAAUUUCUGGAGUUGUACAUGGCAAUGCGCUCGCGUC